AUAUAUAUAUAUAUCUUGGUCACAGCGGAGUGCAUCAAAUUCCACCCACAUACGAGCUGCUACAAAUGCGAAAAAAGCUUAUGUCCGUGACAAACCCCAUAUGAAUAUUGGUACCAUCGGUCACGUGGAUCACGGAAAAACCACUCUAACUAACUCUUACGAAGAAAUCGAUGCUGCUCCAGAAGAGAAAAAGCGUGGCAUCACAAUCAAUGCAGCCGUGGUUGACUAUUCUACUGAUCAUCGACACUAUGGUCAUACAGAUUGCCCGGGUCACGCUGAUUAUGUGAAGAACAUGAUCACAGGCGCCAAUCAGAUGGAGUGUGCCAUUCUGGUGGUUGCUGCUACCGAUGGCACUAUGCCACAAACUCGCGAGCAUUUACUUCUGGCAAAACAGAUUGGAAUCGAAAAGCUGGUUGUGUUUGUGAAUAAGGCUGAUGCGGCGGACCCGGAAAUGCUGGAACUCGUUGAGCUGGAAAUACGCGAUACACUAAAACAAUAUGGUUUUGACGGAGAUAAUACCCCUGUUGUUUGUGGAUCAGCCCUGUGUGCAUUGGAGGGACGUGAUCCGAAAAUCGGACGGGAGAAAGUGUUAGAAUUGCUGGAUGUGAUUGACACUGUUCCACUUCCCAAGCGUGAAAAGGACAAACCUUUCCUGCUACCCAUCGAACAGGUGUUCUCUAUUACUGGUCGUGGCACAGUCGUUACAGGACGCAUCGAGCGUGGUGUGAUCAGUCUUCAACAACCUGUAGAGAUCUUGGGAUACAACCAGUCAUUGAAGUCAACAGUCACCGUUGGAAAACUGAGCGCAUCGGAAGCUUGUCUAGGCGGUCAUUGUGCUCUGCCCUGCCAGCGAACAGAUAAUGGCGAUCGGCUUCUUCAGUUCUGCGCAGAUCAUCAUCUGUUCCUAUCCAGCAUCAACUUCCGACACAGCUCUCAACAGACAGCAACGUGGCGCUCAAAUUCAACUGGCACGCUAACUCAGGUGGACCACAUAGUAGUAAGCUACCGUUGGCGUGGCUCAGUACAAAGCUCCAGGUCCUAUUAG